GACCUGUCCAAUAUAACCCUAAGGGUCCUCGCUGAAUACAGUAUCCCCGACAUCUCUUUUUGUCAACCGUCUGUACGGAAGCGAAUUAAAACGAUUUCAUCGGCAGUAUAAAUGGCUUGCAUAUUAACAGUGCGUUAUCUUGGCGCGCAUCUCUCACUGGAAGGCUUCACGUCAGGUACUGCUGUAGAAGUAAUGAAGAGGUGAAUCCCCAGUCUACAGUUUUGGAACCAGCUCUUGCACCGGUGCUUAACGAUUAACCGAGUGAACGUAUCUUUUCUGUGGCGCACAUGUGUGUACUGUGCGCUGUCAAUAACUUCUGUACCGUAUGACUGACAUCAUCUCAUCAUGCCUGGCGAGAAAUGAAUCCUGAUUCAACGCUUGACACCAGCAGAAUCGUGUGUCAGUCUCCGCGCGCUGGAGAACUUUGCCUCGCAACUCUUGUGUGGAUACCGCACCGCGCGGAGGAUCAACAACUUUCCACAUAAAUAGCUCUCGUGCAUGAUUUCGUAUGUCGUUUCAAACCCUUCCAUGUCACCAAUUAUUAUCGUUCUAAUCGGACGAAAAUGUUUCAGAGAGCAUAUCUGCUCAAACUCGAGGAAAACAUCGCUGGAAAGCCUUGAGGAGCGGAUUAAAUAGCUGAUAAUAAAUGACUUUUCUGCGCCUCACACUUGCGUCCAUGUCAGGUGGACUGUGAAGAGACAGAAGAGGAAUGUUUAUUCGAAAUUUAUUGCCGCUCAGUUUGGGGGUUUUGCCGUUUUUGUUUAGUCACUGUUUUCUCGCAAUAUUUCUUCCAUUACUGCAGUUUGCAAAAGGGGAGCUCCAGAAGUCAUGCUCCCGAACCACAGUGGCACCAUUGGAAGGGAGCUGCCAGUUGCCAUGCCAGUGUAGGCCCUACCCACCAUUACCACCUCCACCCCCUCCUCCACCACCCCCAAGGCUAGCUCCAGCUGUUGCUCCCUCAACUGUAUCCCCCUUAACUCCCUGGAGGAGAGAGAUGCAGAUCUUGGUCCUGGGGACUGUAAGCUGUGCAUCUGUGGUCUUCCUCCUCCUGACUAUCAUCAUUUGCUUCAAGGCCAUCAAGAGGAAACCCUUACGAAAAGAAGAGAACGGCACAAGCCGAGGGGAGUAUGCCAUGAGCUUGCGCUGUAAACAGCAGGUAGUGGAAACCAACAACACUGGAGUAUAGUGCCCAUGCUAAAGCAAGUUAUAUACAGCGGAAGCUCUAUAACCGAUAGCACCACCAUCUCUCUGUUUGGGUUUAUGAGAUGGACACAAGGCGUACUAUGAAUUUUAGGAACUGUAAACCACAUGGCUGCCCAUCUUGGGAUAUAAUACUGUUUGAAAUGUUUUUAAAAAAGUGUUUAGAUAAUGACUGGCAUGUGUAUAAGCAAGUAUAAGCAGGUUUUGAGGAGACAUGGACACUCUUAAAAGACGCUGGCAGCUGCACGAGUGUAACAGGACUCAAACUGUAUUGCCCCUCUGAGGAUAAUAUACAACACCACCAACAAAGUAAACGCAUGCACUUUCUGUUGAAUGCAAUGAUGUUUUGAAAUUCCUUUAUUCUCUUGUCUUUAAGUCUGUCUCUGCAAUGUCCCUCAUUAAACAUUAAGGGUUCUCUCACCUCAUGUAGAUUGUCUGAGUGUUAAAUGGUAAAAUUACCACACUUGCCCAUGUUUUGGUACAAUCUGUUAGAGCGCCCAGAUGGAUUGGUUCAUCCUGCACUUUGUGUACCAAUAUAUAAGAAAAUAAGAAAUGUUUUCCCUAAAAUCACCUGGAAAUGUAUUGCUUUUAUUGUGUUACUAUGCAAUUGGAAAAAAAUUAAAUCUUGAGGAGCAUGUUGAUAAUUUAAAAAAACAAUGCUAGCAUUAGCAUUGCUAAUUAUUAGUGUUGAUUCUAGUCUUUCCCUUAUACAUACAUUUCUUUUUUCGAUACCACAACGGCUAUGUAAAUCUUUUCUGUCAUUUCCACAAAACAGAAAACCGUAAGGUUAAUAUAACAGUCAAUAGUGCACUAGUAUGCAGGAUUUGAUUAUCAUGUGUGUAUAUAUUGUCAAUCUCUUUGAGUCUUGUGAAUGCUUACAAAUCAUUUUAGAGUCACAUUAAGUCUCUGAGUCAUCCAAACAGAAGUUUGUCUUCUCUCAUUGACCUUUAUUGGAAACUCUUAACAAAAAACAAGAUGAUAUUUCACAUGAGCUUUUACUAUGACUGUUUAUAAGCAGUUAUUGCUGAUAGCUAUUUUUAUAGUCAUUAUUACUGUGAUGUCAUGUGGGUUAGUGUUUACUCAUGGAAAAGAGAUGUAGGCUAAUGUACUGAAAAAUCAUAAACCUAAAAACCAUACAAAUGUUUUCAAAUUUUAGCUUGUUUUGACGCAUUUAAUCAGGGCCUCUGCAUUGUUCAUUUUUAAUGAUUUUUCAUCAGAACGAUACUGUAUAUCAAACCAAUGCCCAUAUUUACUGUAUAUAUAAAUAUGUUUUUGUACACAGGAGCUUGUUGUAUUUAGAAAAUCCAAACUUGUGAUAUGACAGUGCUGCGGUGUUCAUACAUAUUAACACUGAGCAAUGCAUAACAAGCUUUUGAAUUAUACACAAUGUACAACCUUGUGUAAACAAACAUCCCUUCUCUAUCAUAUUCUGUAAAACAUACUCAAAACAGACAUCUUCCACUGUAUAGUUACUCACCCAUUAAAAAAUAUAUGUACUGAAGCUAUAUGUGUAAAAUACUGUACAAAGGUACUCAGAAUUGUAUUGCAUGAAUGUACAUAUCAAUAUUUGCCUUCUUGACAGUCUGUUGUGUGUACAGAGUAAGAUCAAAUGUUUUUAGGGAUAAGUAUAAGUUGAUGUAAUAUCAGAACAGCAUAAGUGUUAUUGUUUGUCUGGAACAAGCCAUUAAUGUAUAUUUGAAUAAUCAGAGGUUGUUGCACAAUGUAUGCAUCACACACCAAAAUGUAAACGAUUAUAUAUUGUGCAUUGAACUAAUUUAAUUGCAACUUGCUGACUUUUUUAGUUUUAAAUAAAAUUG